AUGGAUGAGAGUAAAUAUUUCUCUUUUCAAAUUCCUAUUCCUCAUUUUUCCAUAGAUUCCCUAUUUAAUAAAGACGAAUUUGAUUUUUACAAAAUUAAGUAUAAAGAUGAUGCAAGUGGCUUAUCAACACGUUCAGAAAAUGAUAAUUCCAACGAUAAGGAAAAUCAAGAAGAAGAGUGUGCGGAUGACGAGAGCGAAAAUGAAAAGCUUUUUAUGAAAUAUCUUAAAAAUAUUGUGAGAAAAGGAAAUAAAGGGAGUAGUACAAAUUGGGCAUGUCCUGAACAGAACGAAGAAGGGGAAAGAUUGAAAGAGAAAAAUGAUUAUGUUGAAAAAGAUAAAAUGUUGGAACAAAAUAAUGAUGAUGAUAAGAAUGAUGAAAAUGACGAACUGUUCGAAGAAAAUAACAAUAAUAAUAAUAAUAAUAAUAAUAAGAUAGAUGAUGAUGAUGAUGAUAAUAAUAAUAAUAAUAAUAUUGAUGAUAGAAAUAAUAAUAAUAAUAAUUAUGAAGAUAUCCGUUUGCUAUAUAAAAAACGACGGGUAUACAACAAAAAAAAUAAUGAAAUGAUAAAAAAGAAUGUUCAUCUUUUUGAAAAAUAUCCAAAUAUACCUAUAAAAAAAGAAUUAGAAAAUCAAUGGAUUUAUCAAAAUGUGAAAUCAACAUUUAAUAUCAAAAAAGUGAGAAUGAAUAAAUUUAAAGAAGAAUGUGAUAAAAUUAGGAAAAGACUAAAAGGAAAAUAUUAUGAUGAAACUUGUGGAAAAGAAAAUUUUACAUGUGAAAAUUGUGAUGGUGAUACAUGUACACAUGAUAAUAAAACUUAUAAAAAAGAAUAUAUUGUAAAAUAUUAUAAUUAUCUUAUAAAAAUAUUAUUAUCAGGUAUAAGAAAUCCAAAUGUUGAUGAAAUUAUUAAUCAUAUAGUAUAUUAUAAUUGUAAUAAUUGGCAAUAUAAAAUAGAUAUGAAUAUUUUAAAAAAAAUAGCUGAUAUUAAUACUAAUGAAAAAAAAAUCUUAAAUCGUACUAAAUGUUAUAUUGAAUGGUUACCAAAAAUGGAGAAUAAUACUUUUAAUAAAUAUCAAAUUAUAGCAAAAUUAAAACAAAAAACUAUAUCAAAAACGUUUAAAUUAGUAUGUGAUUUUAAUAACACAUUAUUAAAAGUAUUAUAUAUUAAUCAAAAUUUAAUACAUAAAUAUUUCUCUCACGAAAAAAAGCAAAUAUAUAACAAUAAUAAUAAUAAUAAUAAUAUUAUGACAAAUUUAAGUUCAAACGAUAUUUUUAUAAUAUCAGUAUGUUUUUAUCAUCCUAUAAGAGGAAUAAAAAUAGCUGAAUAUGAAAUUUUAUCAAAUCAAACUUUAGCGAAUUUAACAGAUGUUUUUUUUUGUUUUGAUACUUCCAACUAUGGAUUACCAAAAUGUGACGGUUCAUUAUAUUUUAUUGAUGGUAUACUUUAUCCAGAUUUAAGAAGUAAUAAUGCUGUAGAUUAUUCUACUAGUAUUCUUAAUUUUUAUAAAAUGAAAAAAAUGAAAACCAAUUUUAUUAAAUAUCCAUAUAAAAUAAAUCAAGACAAAGCUAUACUUAGUCAAAUAGAAAUACCUCUAUUUAAAAAAUGCUGUUUUUUACAUCAAGGAACAUGUGAACAUAGAAUUGUUUUUAAUAAUAUAAGACAAUAUAAUAAAUUAAGAGAUAAACAUCUAUCCAAAUAUCCACUUCGCACAUUCAAACCUAAUAUAUCAAAUAAAUAUUGUAUAUCUUGUCAUAAAAAUAUCGCACAAAAAAUUGUACUCGAUUCAUACUUAUUAAAAGAAAACCCAUCCUAUAUGUGUAACAACUGUUUUGAUUUAUUUCUAAUGGAUAAAAAUAAUCAACCCAUAGAUACAUCAAUGAAAUAUUUUGAUUACAUCGACGAUGUUUAA